GAUUAAGUGACAAACUGUGCUUGAUAGAUCGUUCCUUUUCAGCUGGUGCAGUGGAGAGAGCUUUGGAAAGAAGUAGAACCGCGAGACCACGAGUGCUGGUCUGGGGCAACGACAAGCCCUCAUCCGGAAUAAAUGGUCCUCAAGGCGACUCUUCUUUCAUCUACUGCACAGAGGUGCGAGCUGAGAGCGUUGUAGAAAUACCUAUAGAAGUAAAGCUAAUUUACUCCGGUAAAUAUACUUGAUUUUACGUCUUGCCUGUUAGCUGUACAACACGUUCAACGCGCCGAAAUAGAGGCACAAAAACGCUAUUGCAUUGCCGUUGCUGCAAGAAACAACAAGAAUAAAACAACACCAUGGGUCAGGCUGACACUGCGGCACCGCCGGACGCGGUCUAUGCGACUGCACUCCUCCUCGUCCCCCUCUACCUCAUCUGUCAUGUGUAAAAGCAGAAGCACUGUUCGCAUGACAAAUUUUGGAGUACCUAUUUUCUACAGUCCGGGUACAGCACGACGAGAAGAUCUGUCAUGCAGAGGGCACACGUGUCUGCCGUUGCUCGCGUUGCUGUUCAUGCCUUAGUAGUAUAUCAAAAAUGAGAGGAAGAAGUUGUACAACUAAGUUCUUGUCAACUCGUCUCAUGCGGGGCGAUGGUGCUUGUGUUGCGGUUGUUCAUGCGAGGACGAGAGACGACGAGGGGGAGUGAGUGUUGCGCUGUGAUACGGUCAAGAUGCUCCACACGACAACCGGGGGCGGCGGCGGGAGCAGCAGCAGCAGCACUUCUGCCGCGGCGUUGGAUACCGUGGAGGCGCACAACAAGACCUAUCGACCCUGUCUCGACGGCCCGAACACCGUGGGAAUGAAUGCCAGGUUCGACACGCUCCCGCUCAACUAUCCUGUGCAAAAGGAGGACCGUACUCGUCGUACUGGUGGCAGUUUGUGCAUGGCAAAUAUUCUUUCUUCUUAGGCUAAAUCAGCGUGACAAAUUCCACCACGUGUAACAAUGCUGAGCAGGUUUGUUUGCAAUUUCUAUUUCUACUAGAAAGAAGUACAAGUACGUCCACGAUGCUUUUGCUAAAAUUCAUAUCACUCCGAUGUCAUCAAAACGGAUUUUAAACCACCUGCCCUGUAUCAAAAUCAAAUAUGUCUGGGUCUGGAAACCUAUGUGGAUGACGGAACUACUUCCGAAUGCAGCCCAGCAUGACAACUUUCCAGAACCACGCUUUCUCAUACGCAAUCCGCAUGUAGAAGGGCCUUUUUUCAUGACAAAAGUGGCUGCGACUUUUGUUGGCUCUGCAAUGCAGAUUUUCCAGGGAUGGAAAGCUAGCAUUACAAGUUUCACUUUUCCAGAUCCAAACGUAUUUGCAUUUGAUACCCUGCGCGAUCCCACAAUACGUGUCCGACGGAGACUAUCUGCAGCAGGAUACCAAGAAGAAAAAUCCCCCCUCCCCAUAUCAAAACGGGAACCUGUGAUGCAGAUUUGUGGUCACAAAUCUUCAGCUUUGUCAUGCUAGAAGGGAAAAGAUGCGGACUGAACGUAGUGCUGGGGGGUGUGGAAAAGCCUUGCAUCUUCAGCAUGACAGGAGGCAGCUGGAAGUGGGAAACAGAAUGACAAUAUAUGCCAGCAAACGAGGCCGCAGCUGCGCCUGCGGCUCUUGGCCUUCUAGCAACACAAGUCGACUCGUGUAAGUACUCAAAUACGGACUCACAAACUUCGUUUUCGGUUUGGGGAGGGGGGAUUUUUCCUUUUGAUACGAGAGCUCGCGUCGUCUGCUAGUUCCGUGGCUUUGCCCGUGCGGGGAAGAAAUUAUCUGCCGGGGUAUAAAACUGUUUGUGAUGUACUACGCGAAAAUUAAAUUGCAAAAGAGAACUCGUGCGCCACUAAGUACCUGUUAUUUACUUACUUAGAUUCAAAACAAAAACGAGUGUAGUAAUGAAGACGGGGUGUGGUGUUACUGUUAGUCGUGUCAAGAUUAUUGUUGUCAUGAUGUGACGUUACGAGAACAAGAAUACUUAUUAGGACGUAGUCGUAGACCUGUAGUUCUUGCAGAUGAACAACCGAUUAUGACCUGAAAAAUACAACAGGCCCGACCUGCGCGAAACCCGAUUUCACAUGGGCUUCCAGCGCCGCGCACAGUCGGAAAUCCGGCAAGGUAGCCAACCGAAAAAAAAAUCUCAAUCUGAAACGAUAGUGCAGUAGACUCAGCAAAGCAAUUUCAUCAUUUCUCCACCGCAUGUUGUUGACACCUAAACAAGUCCGAGAUCUUCAUGCGCCGUCCUCAGAAAGAGAAAACACAAAGAAAAACCCAAAUUCUUGCAUGUCGAGCAGCAUGAGGACAAAAAGAGGUCCAAAAGAAGAACUUUCUUCGCAUGACAAGCUCUGAGAGUCAGUGAGACAGCUUUUUCUUCCCAUACGAGAUGCGCCCCGAUUGCAGCGCGAGUUGCAGAUCCAAACGAACCGAGAUAAGUAUAGUUUUCUUUUCGGUGCGGUAAGUACCUGUCAUGCGUAAUAAACCUGACGAAAAUCAAAAUCCUCAUUCGAACUUGUAUCUCUAGAUGGGUGAAGAUUCUGGGUCUUCGAUAAAGACAUCGAGACCGUCAUGCGGUUUUGUUUAGCAGCGUCGGGCCUGUCGCUCGCAAUUACCUCCAGUGCACAAAAAAAAUCAACAACAGCUACUUUCAGUCCGUGCAAGAUUUAUGGGAUGUGGAAACCAUUGCAGAAGUGCGGUGGUCGUUUUAAAAAUUCUCUUUGCAUGGUAGUUAAAAAUUCAAUCUGACACUCUGUUUCUUUUCGGAAAAGGAAGAAAGGCAAAUUAUGCAUCGAAGAAGGUGCACUGUUGUGCAUCCUAAGCAUUACAAUUUUUCUUUUUUGUGUUCGGACGAACAAGUAGACACAGCACGAGCACCAGCUUGGGUGAAGGUUUCCUCCCACUUCAUACCGUGGCUGGAAAAACUACAAGGAAGACUAUACGUUCAACGUUUUAAACGGUGAAGGGUACGGGCGCGAAGGCGAAUUUCUACAGGUCGGAAGAAGACUGCUGAAGGGCCCGAACAGCGUCCUGUUUUCGGAACACGAGAAGGAAAAGCAGAUGCGAGAGGUAAGUAAGUACCACAGUUGUACUUCUUGUCUUCACAUGUUUUGAUGAGAACCUGCCACGAGAAUUGAUUCAAGUGCGCAGUAGACAGAUGAUCUUUUUAUUUGUAGGUAGUCUAGUGUGCUGUCGUGGCUUAUAAGCAAAGUAAAGUAGACUUAGACAAAUAAAUUAAACACGACCCUCAGCGCGGCGGUCCGUUCCGCUACCACGCGUACCCGCCCAUGCUGCCGUCGAAAAACCAAGAAAAGGCACUUAUCAAAUGUAAAAAUGUCUGGGUCUGGAAGAAUGCAAGUUUGUCAUGCUUGUCUCACGUGACUGUUGAAUUUGUCAUGCACAUUACACAAGAGCCCCAUUUUUCUGUCAUGCAAAAACGCAGUUUGUCAUGCAGAAUAGGCAACACCUAGAAGCUGAAGCUCAGAAACUUGUCAUGCUGAGCCAGCACUUCUGGCCUCCUCAUGAUACGCCACCCAGCAUCUUCACAAGUUUCCAGACCCAGACAUUUUUGCAUUUGAUAGCACUGGCAAGUGACGGAUUUCUGCAGACCAAGCGGGAGUCGGUGAUCAUCGGGUACCCUGAGUAAAAACGUCCUCUCCCCACAGUUGUGAUGCAGAUUUGCAAUUGCAGAAAAAUUUGUAAUGCGCGCAUCCCAAUGACAAGGGCGAUAGAUUUUUAAUCGUGUUUUGGAAUAUGUAAUGCUGUAAACAGGAUAAGCAGAUAGAUUUCGAUUUGUCAUGUGGCUCUCCUUGCUAACCUGCACUACACUACGGACUGCAGCUUGUCAUGCGUGAUUCCCAAAAUUUCCAGGUUUGUGUUGCAAAGUCCCCAUCUUGCCCAUGGUGUGGGGAGGUUUUCUCUCAGGAUGUCGGGUAUCCAAGAAUCGAUGCGGCGAAGCGCAUCAAGCUGCCGAGCCAGGGGACCCGGGAAAUCUAUGCGCACCUCCAAGACGGCGCAACGCAGGCCUACUAUCCCCCCACCACCAAGACAAGGUCGCAGAUCGUGUUUGGAUAGAGGAUGAAGCAGAAACACAUGAUAAAAACUGAAGCUGUUCGGGAUACGCGUCGGGAAAAGAAGAUGUUCUGGAACAAGAAGUAGGGCGGGAGCCGUGUGAGUUUUCUAUCCUAGAAGCACAGAAAUUGAUGAACUGUGAACUGCCUCAAACAGUCACUGCUUUAGAUCUUUAGUAUACAACUUAUUGCACCCAAAAUUGAUGAAUGUCGAUAGCAAGAUUUUCUGUUGAAGAACCUUAGAUUUUUAAUCGAGCGAAGCAACAUGUUGCCGCGAUUUGAUUCGAUAUAUAGAGACGAGCGCUAAAAAGGAGAAGUAGUUGAUGAAAAAAGUACUUGAUGAAUUUCGUGAACAUGAUAUUUUAGCACACGGUCGUGUGAUUGCAGCCUGGCACUGGCAGCCACUCCGUGUACGAGAUAAAAGAGAGAUUCCUAGAAUCAGACACACAAGAAGCAUAAGAAUGCCCGUUGUAUUAAAAUAUGGACACUGGUGACUGAUACAGAUAUUGAAACGUCGAUGAAUAAGAUAAAAUGCACCUGUGACAACGAAACCUCAUGAUCAGCACGACCCCUUGUAACAACUAUUUUGUACUAUGACCUUACGUGACGAGAAACUACAGCUCAAAGAAGAACAGCUAAGAUAUGGAAGUAGAGUUGUCGACAACGACAACAACCCGAGAGGAGGACGAGCAGAACACUGUGAAGAAGAGGACCCUUUGUACCAACCAAUGCCAUAGCAAAAGAAGUUCUAGACAGACGAGCAGUUACUAUUUUGAGUGCGCAAAGAAA